AACAUGGCUGACACACAAAUCUUUGCGUGGAUACAUGAAGUCGGGUUGAUUUCUAGUGACAGUCAACGACAAAAUAAAUAGAUAUUUAAAAAAUGGGAACAUAUAAACAUUGGCAGGAAGUGAGCAGCACAAACAAACAGCACAUUUUUGUGAGGUCUGUGCAGCAUCAGGCCAAGAUGAAGUCUCUGACGGACUACAUGCAGAACAUGGAGCAGAAGAAGAGACAGCUGGAGGAGGGCCAGGACGCUCAGACUGAGGAGCUCGCUAAGCUGCAGGCUCACGAGAAAAGACACGAGAUGUCAGGAGAGGAGAAGGAGGACAUCGGCAGACACGAUGGGGACGAGGAAAUAAAGAAAACUCUGGAGGAGCAGCUGGAGAACCACAGAGAGGCUCACCACAAACAGCUGAGCAGACGGAGAGAUGAGAUCGAAGACAAGCAGAGGAUGCUGGAUGAGCUCACAGAUCUGAACCAGGGUCUGCUGCUGGAGCAGGAGAGGCUGAUGUCAGGCUACGACAAACUGAAAACUGAAAACUGAAGAGCAGGAGAAAGACGCCAAGCAGCAGAAACUCAUGCUGCUGAAUGAGCAGAGGGAGCAGGCCAGAGAGGACCUGAAGGGCCU